AUGGCAACCACCGAAGGCUUCGAUGAGGUCGACAGCAUGGAGGCUCCAGAACUCCGGCGUCUCUGCGGCGCGCUGCUGCGCCAGCGCCGCGACUGGGCGGCGCAGCUUGCGGAGCGCGAGGCCAGCUGCACACGCCUGCUGAGCGAGAACUUUGAGCUUCGCUCCCUUCACUCCCGGCUCUUCGCAGCGCUGGAGAGGGAGGGCCUGGAUGUCGAUGAGCUUCUCAAGGAGGACGAGCGAAAGCUGCGCAUGGCCAAGGUAGAGCGGCAGCUAGAGGAGGAGCUGCGGGAGCUGCAUGCCGUGGUCUCCAAACAGCAGGCUCAGCUCGAUGCCGCACUGGCGGAAAGCCAGCAUCUCCGCAGCGAGAUGGAGGCAUCGAAGCGGUCCGGAACGAAGGAGACGACGGCCCCGCCAGAACCCGUCAGGGGCUCCGGAUGCGCUGUGGAAGCCGCGCGGCCUCCGAGCGAGGAGGAACUGCCAGAUCCCCUACCGAAUCCGAACACCGAGCCUCAACGGCCCUGGCCGCUGCGCACGGUGCGGAAGGCUGUGGCACCGCUUCGGCCGACUGCGGCCAAGGCCCAGCCUGUGCGGCUGCAGAUCCGCUUCAUGCCAGCGGCCGCCUCCUCUGUAAGCGGCCGCCCUGUACAUAAAGCAGAGGUCUCGGUGCACACGGCCGCUCCCCCAACGGAAGUGCUGCGUCUUCUCUUGGGCCAGGGUCUCGCCUGGCCAGCGUCGCUGGCACUGGCGGGCGAGGAGCAUGGACUGCCCGGACACCUCCUCCUCCACGGAAAGCUUCUGGACGAUGCGCGCCCGCUUGCCGAGCAAGGUGUCCAGGAUGGCUGCGAGCUCCGCCUCGUGAAGGGCCCCAAGGUGCAUGCCCGCGCGCACUGUCCCCGGGGCCUGCUGAUGAACGCACACCCCUGGGAGCCGGGAAAGAUUGGCCAGAGCAAGGCGCAGCCCCUCCUGUGA